AUGGCGUCCACAUCCAGCGCCGCUGCGGUGGCUCGCAUCGUCGCCCAAUCUUCACGUUCCAUCAUCCAUGUGCAAUCCAGCGACGCUUCCUCCUCCCCCUUUGCACCCCACCUUGCCAGUCUAUCGCAGUACAGCGCGCUCGACACGCUCACACUCCCCGCCAGCGCGGACCCAGGCACGGAUGCUGUUCGCGAGGCCAAAAAGCUUCGCAAGGAGCAAGGCCAAGGCGCAUUGCUUUCGCUCUUGAUCGUCGCUGAUCAGAUCGGUCUGACUCGAUUGGUACCUCAUCUACCCCAACUCUGCACCUUGCCCAUCGUCCUGCACGUCGCCACAUCAGCUGCCGAUCACUCGGACGUGCUGGCAUUGAGAUCAUCCGGUCUCGUCCUGCUGUACAGCUCCACGCCCGAACAAGCGCGCGAUCAUGCAGUCUUGGCCGCUCACCUCGCCGCCACUUGCUCCCUCGGCGUGCUUCACUUUUUCGACCACAUCCAACCCGUCACUGCGCGCUCUAUCGAGCCUGUGCCCGAAGCAGAUCUCAAACGGUUGUUGGGCGCCGCCACUACUAGCGCCGGUCUCAAUGGCAGCGCGGUGAAUGGCAAUUCGCACGCUAGCACGUCCGCCAGCGCUGCUGCUGCUACCGGGCACGAUGACGUCUCUGCGCUCGUUGCCAAGGCGUAUCGCACCGUCUCGUCCAUCUUGGACCGCGAGGUGACGCCAUUCACCCUGCAUUCCAGCUCGAGCACCUCAAACGUCGCAGUCGUGCUCGGUUCUGGCGCAGAGCAGCUGGCAUCCGACGACACAUCCGUCGUCUCCAUCAACCUCUUGCGUCCUCUUCUCGCAGACGAGCUCUUUGAGCUGAUCCCUCAGGCCAAGCGCAUCGCCGUGCUCGAAGCCAGUCAGCGACGCACCACCAAACUCGGACCCGUAUUUGUGGAUGUGGCUGGCGCUUUCCAAAGAGCAGCCAUCGAUGACGGUCGCGCAAUGCCAGAACGUCUCGUUGGCGGUCUACUCGGCGACGUGAGCAAAGAUGUCGCAGCAGCCGUCGAAUCGCUCGCCUCGCUCCUCGCCUCGGACAAGCGGGCUACGAGUCUCGUCACGGUGGGCUCACCGCGCGCAUCCUUGCGAGCACCUGUCAACACUGCCCCUAUCGCCACGCCUCGCCACGAAGAUGCGUACAACGUCAUGCUCCAACAAGUCUUCAAAGAGCGACUCUCCGUCAUCAACUCGCCCGCAUCCGAUUCCCAUCCUCACCCAUCUGCGCGCUCGCCAGAGUACGCCUUUGGUCAGGUCUUGGCGCAGCUAGAAAACUCUCAAGAGUUGAAGCGAGCCGCUCAAGCUGCUUUACGAGCCGGUGGCAUCUCUCCUGCCUUGCACGAAGCGCUGACCGCAUGGACAUCUGCCAAGGACGAUGCCGCACGGGAGCGCAUCGCCCCAAAACUCGCACAACUUCUCGCUGCCGACUCGACGGCUACGCUGGACGGCGUUCGACUGCACGCUGCGCACCUCGCACCUCGCUCGAGGUGGAUCGUCGGUAGCGAUGCUUGGGCUUACGAUGCGGGCAUGUCCGGCGUUCACCACGUCAUCGCGUCGGGCAAAAAUGUCAAUAUGCUCAUUUUUGACAGCUUGCCCUACACGCAGCGCGAUGUUGUCGAGGCUCACAAGCGCAAAAAGGAUGUGGGAUUGUACGCCAUGAACUAUGGCAACACGUACGUCGCUAGCACUGCAGUCUACUCCGACUAUACGCAGGUGCUGCACGCGCUCAUGGAGGCGGACAAGUUUGAUGGUCCGUCCGUCGUUCUAGCCUACAUUCCGUACCGCACAGAAGAUGCGCCCGCGCUCGAAGUGCUGCGCGAGACGAAGCUGGCAGUGGAUUCGGGAUACUGGCCCUUGUACCGAUGGGACCCGUCUGCAGAAGCGCGAGGUAGCGACGUGUUCCGACUCGAUGGUGUGCGCGUCCGAGAGCAGCUCAAGGCGUUUCUGGACAGGCAGAGCCAUCUCAGCAACCUCGCCAACGUGCAACCAGAGCUGUCGUACGAGCUGGCAUCCAGCACCGGCAGUGGUCUGCGCGAUUUGCAGCGUCGCAAAGCAAAGGAAGCCUACGAUGCUCUUCUGGGAUCCAUGGAUGGCCCUCCGCUGCUCAUCCUCUUUGCGUCCGACGGCGGCAAUGCUGAAAAAGUCGCUCGCAAGCUGGGCACGCGCGGCAAGCUGCGCGGUCUGGCUACGCGCGUCAUUGCCAUGGACGACUUUCCCAUCUCUGAAGAGCUGCAAAAGGAGCAAAAUGUCGUCUUUGUCACGUCUACUGCUGGUCAAGGAGAGCCGCCUCAGAAUGCGCGCGAUACGUUCAAGACGCUGGCCAAGUUGAACAAGGGCGAUUUGACUGAAGAGCAAGCACCGCGCUUCACCGUCUUUGCGAUGGGCGACAGCCACUACUGGCCUCGGCCGGAGGAUGCGCGGUACUACAACAAGCCUGGAAAGGACUUGGAUGUGCGUCUCGAGGUUUUGGGUCUCGACCGCAUGGCGCCCAUCGGUCUGGGUGACGAUCAGGAUCCCGAUGGCGCGCAGACUGGAUACCGCGCGUGGGAGCCCACGCUUUGGAAGGCUCUCGGCGUCGACACGAUCGAAGUCAAGGAGGCCGAGCCGGAACCGAUCACCAAUGAGCACAUUAAAAUCGCAUCCAACUAUCUCCGCGGGACGAUCGUGGAGGGUCUGAAGGACAAGAGCACGGGUGCGCUCGCCGAGUCGGAUGGGCAGUUGACCAAGUUCCACGGCACGUACCAGCAGUACGAUCGCGAUACGUUCGAAGAGCGCAAAGCGGCAGGUUUGGAGCCCGCGUACAGCUUCAUGAUCCGAUGCCGCAUUCCUGGUGGCGUGUGCACGCCUGAGCAGUGGUUGCAGCUGGAUGAUGUCGCUACGGAUUAUGGCAACAAUACGCUCAAGAUUACGACUCGUCAGACCAUUCAAUACCACUGCAUCCUCAAGAGCAACCUCAAGGCCGCCAUGCAAGGCAUCAACAAGAGCUUGUUGGAUACUAUUGCGGCCUGCGGCGAUGUGAACCGCAACGUCAUGUGCUCGCCAAACCCCGCACUCUCGCAGCUGCACGAAGACACGUACGAAUUCUCCAAGAGCAUCUCGGAGUACCUGUUGCCGCGCAUGGACUCUUACCACGAGAUUUGGUUGGAUGCGGAUACGGACAGCAAAAAGAAGCAGCUGCUAGCGGGUGGCGCGCUGCAGGAUUACGAGCCGCUGUAUGGCAACGUGUACCUGCCGCGAAAGUUUAAAAUCGCCAUUGCCGUACCACCGCGCAACGACACGGACUGCUUUGCGCACGAUAUCGGGCUGAUUGCGAUUGCGGAUCCGCGCACCAAGCGAUUGGCAGGCUUCAACAUCAGCGUCGGUGGUGGCAUGGGCGUGACGCAUUCCAUGAAGGUCACCUACCCGCGCUUGGGCGACGUGCUGGGAUUCGUGACGCCGGACCAGACGCUCGAGGCGUGCAAGCAGGUCAUGCUGAUCCAGCGCGAUACGGGCAAUCGCGCGAACCGCAAGCAGGCGAGGUUAAAGUACACCAUCGAUAAUCACUGGAAGGGUGCGGAGAAUUUCAAGCGAGAGCUGGAGAAGCGCCUAGGGUACGCGUUGGAAGCUGCUCGCGAGUUUAAAUUCGACACGAACACUGACGUGUACGGCUGGACGCGCGACUACAAGGGCAACUGGCACUGCGGCUUGUGGUUGGAGAAUGGACGGGUUCGCGAUGCUCCUGGAGAUCCCUUCAGGACCGGUCUGCGAGAGCUGGCCAAGAUUCACAAGGGCCGCUUUAGAAUGACGCCGAACCAGCACAUUAUCGUUGCGGACGUGACGCCAGAAGAGAAGCCUCGCAUUGAAGCGCACCUGGCAAAAUGGGGCAUGGACAAUUGGUCGCACUCGGGUUUGAAGCUGAGCGCUUCUGCCUGCGUCGCUUUCCCAACUUGCGGUCUGGCCUUUGCAGAGUCGGAGAGGUACCUGCCCAUCCUGGUGGAGAAGGUGGAAAAGAUUGUGGAAAAGUACGGAUUGCGCGAUACGGAGAUUCCGAUGCGCAUGAGCGGAUGCGCCAACGGUUGCUCCAGACCAUGGAUCACGCCGAUUGGCUUUGUGGGACGCGCACCGGGCAGAUACCUCAUGCUGCUGGGUGGAGGACAGAAUGGCAUGCGGCUGAGCAAGCCGUACAUGUCGGACGUGGGCGAAGAGGAGAUCUUGGCGACGCUGGAACCCAUGAUUGAGCGCUUUGCUGGCGAGCGCUUGCAGGGAGAGCCGUUUGGAGAUUGGCUCAUACGUGCGCACAUCGUCAAGCCUACUACGAGUGGAAGGCAAUUCUACGAGGCGGCGUAUGCGGGAGAUGAAGUUCAUCAGGCGGCUGCGGGGGAAUGA